GUAUACAAAUUACAUUGCAAAAUACAAUACAAUUCAAAACAAGUACAGGUGAUAAUUAUUGUGUGGAGGCUACCCAAACUGCUUUAUAUAAAAAUCUGGUGCUUUGCAGGUUUAGGCAACGUCCAGAAUAAAAUAAAAUCCCUUGUGUGACAAAGAAACUAAAAAACAAAACUGUGAUGUCUAUUUGCUCUUCACAGAUGAGUGGAUACUUUGUGGGUGGAGAUCUUUGUUAUUGUGCUCCCUGAUGCCUGCUCUACAACAACAAAGAAGUCAGCACAACCUUUACUUCAACUGGCAUCACACAUUUUGAAGCAAGGUCAAGCUCUCCAGUCGUGCUGGCUGAAACGUGGAUGGAGAUCAUGAGGAACUCUCAGUCUCUACAUUUGUUUCUUGUUCCCAUUGUCUUUUCUGUACUUUCACUCCUCUUCUGCCCUGCAUCUGCCAGUUCAGGGUCUGACUAUGACUACAGAGCCCACCCCCGCUUUGUUUGCACGCCUAUUCCUGUGGAUGCAGACCCAGCUUGCUUCCCUGCAGGAGCUUCAGGCGUAGGGGCAGCAGGGCCCGGCGCACCAGGCCAUCAAAGUGCACCUCCUGCUGGCUGGUGGGGGGCGAGCGAAGAAGCCAAAGCCACCAUCCUCCACCUCAGGGAGAGCCUCGUCCAGCAGAAAGAGACCAUUCUGGAACAGAGGGAGACCAUUAGAGAGCUGACGGCCAAACUGACCCUCUGCGAGGGCCUCGGACAGGGCGCGGCGCCCCACGAAGAGCGCCACAGCACGGCCUCACGCUCCCAUCACGCAGGGGUGGCCAGUCAUCACGUGCACACUGAUGACGGGCACUAUAGCAACCAGCAGGGUCACCAUGGAAACAGCAACCUCAUACCGGACUCACCCCACUACCCCUCCGCAGGGGGGCAGCGAUCUGAUGGAGGCCACAGCAGCAACAACCAGGGGAAGGAUAAACAUGUGACACCAGGGGACGUCUCAUCAUCACCGGAGCAGAUGGAGAGGAUGCUGCAGGCGCUCAAAGAGAGGCUGGACAACUUGCAGAAGAGGAACACAUCCAUCACCUACUCCAGCUCUCUGAAGGAGCUGCUUCAGAGGAAGAUCAGUGCUCUGGAAGAGCAGCUGCACCAUCGCACUGCUGCCCUCAGCAGCCUGGACCAUCACGGUGAUGACAGCAGCCACAGGGACGACGAAGAACACCACGACAAUGGACACCCAAAUGAGCACAAGGACGACCACAACGACGGUGGUCACAGCGACAGCGGGAACAACACCGACCAUCACGACAACAGCCACGGCGAUGAUCAUCACGAUGGUAGCCAUGACGACCAUGACGGGGGCCACCAUGAUGAUGAUGAUGGUGACCACCACAGUAAUGAAGCCGACGUUCACAGUUACCUUUUGCACACAGGAUACAGAGAACGAGAGCCACACACUGGUUUCCACUCAAAUAAACUGGAGAGCAUGCUCAACCAGCUGCACCUGGCAGGUUCCAGCAGGAAGAAGUCAAAGAGUCCUGAUGCCUUCCAGAUCAGCUUCCCGAUGAGAACCAACUACAUGUAUGGGCGGAUGAAGAGGACUUUGCUGCAAGAAAUCUUCGCUCUGACCUUGUGUCUUUGGAUCAAGGCGGGUGUAGGGCCUGGCCUCGGGACCCCGUUUUCUUACUCAGCACCCGGCCAGGCUAAUGAACUGGUGCUCAUCGAGUGGGGGAACAACCCCAUGGAACUGCUGAUCGAUGACAAGGCUGUGACGCUCCCACUGUCUCUGAGCGAUGGGAAGUGGCACCACGUGUGUCUGACUUGGUCAACACGGGAUGGACAGUGGGAAGCCUACCAGGACGGAGUGCAGAGGGGGUCGGGGAUCAAUCUUUCCCCUUGGCACCCAAUCAAACCCGGAGGAGUCUUCAUCCUGGGACAGGAGCAGGACACUCUGGGAGGUCGUUUUGAUGCCACUCAGUCAUUCGUUGGCGAGAUGUCGGAUGUGCACAUGUGGUCACAUGUCCUGACAGCCAGCGACAUCUACAGCCUGGCCUCCUGCGGCAGUCACCUCAGAGGAGACGUCAUCGCUUGGUCCGACACGGAGGUGGAGCUUCAUGGAGGCGUCUCCAGAUACCCCUUUGAUCCCUGUCACUGAACGACAGUAACACCAGUGAAGAACCUGGAGAUAUCUUGGAACGCACUAAGAACAUUUAUCACAUGUCAGCGGUGCAAGAAUAAAACAAAAUUCCAUUUGAUUUUCAGUUAUUUUUCAGGAUGAUCACUCAGUGGGACAUCUCCUACAAACUCAGCAUCAAUGCCUUUCUUUGAACUUAAUCAGUGACUUUUUCUUAAAAAAGAAAAGUAAGCUUAAUCUGUGUUUACAGAUACUGUAUAGGGACUUAGGCUUCAGCCUCCACUGUAAUCAUGCGCUAGUGUUUUAUUUUAAACAGAA